AUGACAGGCGUUGGUUUGGGCCUUACUUCUAGUGUAAAAUGGGUUGGUCUUUUCACCAUCGCAACUAUUGGUUUUUCAACAAUAAAAGGACUUUGGGAUUUACUAGGAAAUUUGAGAGUGUCACCAACUCAAUGGACCAAACAUUUUAUGGCUAGAGCUUUAGGCUUGAUUAUAGUACCUAUCGCAUUAUACAUGUUCUUUUUUUCAAUACAUUUUCUAAUAUUAUCAAAUAGUGGUGAUGGUGAUGGGUUCAUGAGUACUGAAUUUAGACAAACAUUGAACGGGAAUUAUAAAACAAAAGAUACACCAAUUGAUGUUGCAUAUGACUCUAUGAUUACAAUCAAACAUGUUAAUACAGCAGGAGGAUACUUGCAUUCUCAUAGACAUAAUUAUCCUGAAGGAAGUAAACAACAACAAGUUACUUUAUAUCCUCAUCGUGAUGGUAAUAAUGAUUGGCUUAUACAGAAUAUUACUGAAUUAGAGAUUCCACUCAAUGAAACCGAUCCUAUUUGGGUUAAAGAUGGCAGUAUAAUAAGAUUAUAUCAUUUGAAAACACACCGACGAUUACAUAGCCAUGAUAUAAGACCUCCUUUAACAGAUGCAAAAUAUCAAAAUGAAGUUAGUACAUAUGGUUAUGAAGGAUUUUCGGGCGAUGGUAAUGAUGAUUGGCGUGUAGAAAUCGCUGAUUAUGAUAAAUCAGAUUCAGAAUCUGGAAAAAGACUCCGUGCUCUUCAUACAAAGUUUCGUCUUAGACAUGUUGUGACUGGUUGUUAUUUGUUUUCACAUUCCGUGAAAUUGCCCGAUUGGGGUUUUAAUCAACAAGAAGUUACGUGUGUUAAUGGUGGAUCCAAACCUAAUACAAUCUGGUAUAUAGAGUCAAAUUCACACCCAAAAUUGCCAGAAGAUGCAGAAAAAGUAAAUUAUAAAAAAAUUGGGUUUUUUGGAAAAUUUUUUGAAAUUAAUAAAGUAAUGUGGACUACAAAUUCUGGAUUAACCGGUUCACAUCCAUAUGAGUCUCGUCCAAGUUCUUGGGUUUUAUUAGAUCGUGGAAUCAGUUUCUGGGGAAAGGAUCACAGACAUAUUUAUUUAAUUGGGAACCCUAUAGUAUGGUGGAGUUCUUCAUUGGCAUUAUAUUUUUAUAUUGUAGUAGAAACUGUAAUUAUUUUAAGAGCAAAAAGAGGUUAUUCAGAUCAUUUAAACCCGUUGAAAGAAUUUUAUGAAUCUUAUGCAAGUUUCUUUUUUCUUGGAUGGUUUCUUCAUUAUUUUCCAUUUUUUUUAAUGGCUCGUCAAUUAUUCUUACAUCACUAUUUUCCUGCAUUAUAUUUUGCGGUUUUACUGGUUGGUGUUGGGUUUGAUUUUUUAACAAUCCGAUUGAAACCAAAAAAUCGAAUUAUAGUAGCAUCAGUAUUCAUAAUAAUAAGCAUAUAUGCAUUUUCACAAUUAUCACCAUUGGCAUAUGCUGAACCAUGGACAAAAAAUGACUGUUUAAAGGUUAAAAAAUGGGGCAGUAGAUGGGAUUUUGAUUGCAAUCAAUUCUAUGAUUCAUAUGACCAGUAUUACACAAAAGAUUUAACCGUAAUAAACAAUAUUAACAACCAGACAAAUAUUGAUAUAUCAUCUUCGGAUAUAAGCCAUACAUUAUCAUCGGAUCAACAACAAAAACAGGAAAAUGAUAAUAAAGAAAGUUUACAAGAAAUCAAAGAUGAUGUUGGAGAGGUAGGUAAAUCGAUAGAUUUAGUUGAAAAUGAUAAUAAAGAAAAUUUACAAGAAAUUAAAAAUGAUACUGACGGGGUAGAUGAGGCGAUAGAUUUGGCUGAUGUAAUUGACAACGAAAAUAUUAUUAGCUGA